AUGUAUCAAGUGUACUGGCCUGAUGAAACAAAAAUGUCAUCCACUGAAGAAAGUAUAUUUGAUGAAACAUUUGACAUAAACUGCAUAGAUAACAACCAGAGAACAGAUUAUCUGUACAAAUGUAACACUUGUUGUAAGCUGUACAAAUCUCAAAGAAGUUUGGUGAGGCAUAUCAGAUAUGAGUGUGGACAACCACCUCAAUUCCAUUGUCCUUACUGCACUGAAAAAAGUCAUCGCAAGUAUAAUUUAGAAGUCCACAUUAAACGUAAACAUAAGCAGUGUACUGGCGUGAUGAAACACAGAUGUCAUCUACUGAAGUAAUUGCAUUUGACCAAAGAUUUGGCAUAAACUCUGUAGAUAACAACCAGAGGACAGAUCUUUACAAAUGCCAUAUGUGUUGCAAAACCUACAAAUUGCAGAGUUCUUUGGUGAGGCAUAUUAAAUAUGA